AUGAAAUUGACCUCGUUCCUGGCUGCGAUUAAUUAUUCGACUGACCUGGCUACUAAUCCAAACCAAAUUGGAGAUCAGGCCAUGCGAUAUGACUUUAUCAUUGUGUUGCUGCUUGAAGCGGGCGGUGACCCGUUGAUAACGGAAGAUGUUCCGUACUUAUCCGGGCUAAUUCUCAAUAAUCCCAUGACCGACUGGGUCUACAAAACCGUUCCGCAGAAUAACUCAUGCUUAGCAUAUGAAAAUAAUGUAACGCCAUGGCCUCGUGGAAAAUCGCUUGGUGGGACUUCAAAUCUGAAUCAUAUGAUUUACAUGCGCGGAAAUCCGAAAGACUUUGACAACUGGGCAUCCCUCACGGGCGAUCCGCAAUGGAAAUACGACAAUGUUCUCCCCUACUUUAAAAAGUUCGAAAAUUAUGAUGGCCACUUUCCCAGCGAUGAAUACCACGGGAAAAAUGGCCCCAUGGAGGUCAACACCCAGUCAUUCGAACCACAAAUGGAAGACUGGAUAAAAUCUGGAGAGGAGCUCGGGUUCAAAAAGACGGAUCCUAAUGCCAGACAGACUUCCGGCUUCUUCCCAUGCGAUUUUACUUUAAGCAACAGAAAACGAUGGGGUGUUUAUGAUGGGUUUAUAAAACCUGCAUUAACCAGGACGAAUCUAAAGGUGUAUCGAUAUGCUCGCAUUAAUUUGGACGCUCAGAACCAAGCAACGGGGGUAACUUAUCUCCGACAUGGGCAAUUAGUGGUCGUUAAUGCGACGAAAGAAGUGAUUUUAAGUGCAGGAACGGUAGGAUCUCCACAUUUGCUUAUGUUAUCCGGCAUUGGUCCUGCUGCCCAUUUGAAAUCUGUGAAGAUAGAACCAAAAGUCGACCUUCCCGGUGUCGGACAAAAUCUUCAAGAUCACGUUAGCUGCUUAUAUGGUCCAUUUAUACUCAAUUCGACCGAGUCAUUCAUUAUGUCGAGAGAUCUGAAAUUUUCGUCCCUCAUAGAAUAUGCCACUCUUGGAAUUGGUCCACUCUCCUGGACCUACGUCUCCGGGCUGGGCUUAACUCACUCUUCGCUGGGUGACCCUGACUGGCCUGACCUCGCCUUGACGUACAUCCCGUUGGGAAUUUACCCCACAAUUCAUAAAGACGUCGCUGCAUUUUUUGGCCUGAAGGAAAGUCUCGUCAACGACUACGUGUCAGACUUUCACGACAAGGAUGCCAACUUUAUUUUGGUGUAUAAUGGACUGCCGAAGAGCAGAGGGAGCAUCACGUUGAGAAGCAGUGACCCCUUUGAUGCACCCUUGAUUGACCCAAAGUACUUCAGUGAUCCAAAUGAUAUGAAAGUCAUGAUUGAUG